UUAUAUUAACAAAAUAUGGCGGCUGUCGCUGCAACAGCCGAUAUGACGAUUCAAAAGAAUUCACAAAUAUUAGUGCAUGUCGAGGAAGCAUUGGCCGAUUUAAUAGUGGUUUCGUACAGUUCAGAAAAUAAGAAAUUUCAAGGUGUACUUUUGGACUCUAACAAAGGUAAUUUGCCUUUUGGAGUAUACAGUCUCAACCCUGCGUUUUCCAAAUCAACUUCAUCCACCGAUAAUACCGAUGAUAAACUACAUUCCGCUAGUCAAAGAUUCACAUACCAGGAGCCUCAGUAUGCAACCGAAAGCCCGCACAAGCCUAAAAAGAAUGGGCCCAAGGCUAAACCGCAGCAGAAGCAAAAGAUGACUGUGCGAUUGAGACCGCGGAAGGUCUUGUGCUCCAACUGCAAAGGCAUCUGUAAUGAGAACAGCGAAAACGUGGACGUGUCGAAAAAGCGGAAGCUCGACUCCGAUGACGACACUGCACACGAUAACAUCGAACCAUCAAUUUCCAGGAAGAAGUAUCUCGAUGGCAACUCGCUCAUACCGAGAAUAUCGCGUCUACAACCGAGUGAGAUAUCUAAUGCGAUGAAAGGGUCUUCUAACAAAUCUAAUAAGAGUAGUGAAAAGUCAAGUGUCAAGGUUGAAAGUUCACUUUACAGCCCUACUAAAGAAAUGGCGUUUGUUAGCGUAUCCAGUGACAGUGAGAAAGAUCCUAAGGAUAAUGAUCCUUCAUUCACAUCCAUGUUCCAGAGUGCAAGAACAUUAAAAAUAUGUUUUGGUGAAGGUGAAGGUACUGUAGUCAAAAUACCGCCCAUUACAGGAGAUUACAACGAAGACUCUGGUGUGUCAUGUGACAUGGCUAAACCUUCCAAACCAGAUCUAAAAGCUGCGAAAAAGGCAUUGAAAAAAGCUAAAAAACAAGCCAAGAAAAACACUAUUACAAUCAAGACAGUAGUACGGAGAUCACCUAAACAUAUUGGAGCUCUGUCUCCCCGUAACAAUGUUUCCAAUAGCCCUCAUCCUACUGUCGAUCCCCUAGAAAAGAAACAAAAACACAAGGCAAAACAUAAAAAGAAACACAAGUUCCAAAAGACCAGGGAUGAGAAUGUUACUGAAAGUGAGUCUAUUAGUUACUUUAGUGAUAUUAAAGAGCACUGUCUAAAACAGAAGCUGUCUAUAAGUCUGAGGAGGUUGAGUAGUAAUUCUUACGAGAGACGGAAUGAGCAGGAUGUAGCAGAGAGUGGUUCGGAUGAUUGGGAAAGUGAUUUGGUACCAAACUUCCCGGCUACAGAGAUGGAAGGUGCCGGGGUAAGAUUGGUGGGUGUAGCACCUGGAGAUAUUGUCUGGGGUAAAGUUGUAGGGUUUCCUUGGUGGCCCGGGAGAGUGCUAAGCGUAACACCAACAGCUAGAGCCCAUGUUGCAUGGUUUGCUUCAACAACAUCAUCACUAAUGCCAUGUGACAGUUUGAGUCCAUUUUUAGAGGAUUUCAAGAUGCGUUUCAACAAAAAAAAGAGAGGAGCUUACAAAGAGGCUGUAAAAAUGGCUACGAUAGAAGCAAAGAUGAAUGAAUCUCUAACGCAGGACCCUCUAGCAAGCCCCACGCAGUCCAACCUAGUAAACCAAUCACCGAGGCCUAUAGACGUUUUCUCGUAAAAUGUGAUGGUAUGGUGUACUGCCAAAAUUCAAUGUAUGUGAUAUUUUUAUUGUACUGCACAAAAUUGGUAAGUUGUAAGUUUUACUGCGGAAAUGUAAAUAAUGUUCUGCUUUUUUGUUAACUAUCAGGCACCUAUUCUGUCAACUUUUAAUUGACACCUGACAGUUCCCUGUACAUUUCUUUCUGAUUUUUUACCGCAAAAAAACAAUAAUCCGAAUAUCAUUAUCUGCCUCUAUCACUUGAAUAUGCAAGAGUGACAAAGAGGCAGAUAACGAAAUUUCGAUUUUCGCGGUAGGCUAUCUGGGUCUUUAAAUAACAUAUGUACCUUAGUCCUUACAUAACGGUUACUUGUUGUACCAGCAAUGUAUGGUGAAUUUUCAAUAUCAGGUGACAGCGUCUUGUUUCAACAAGGGCCAGGUUUUUUUUUAAUAAUUUCUUUUACUUCUGUAUGUUAUAAUACUUCGAAAGCUGUUUAUGUUUCAAUCUUAAAAAACAUACUGUUACAAAGAUUAAGUUGAAAUUUUCCUAAGUAAGAUUACUACUUAGAAUUUGACUUAGGGAAAUUUAAGUUUACUUAACCCUUUCAACACAACGCGCCAUUGUAAACCUUAUCAGAAUACACGAAGGUUGAUAUUACUCUGUAACCAAGCGCGUCAGUUGAUGUCUUUGGCGGUCAAAGGGUUAAUGGAAUUACUAUUAUUUAUCAUGCAAUAAUGUACUUCUCAAUGGAACGAGGAAAAUUACUUUUCAUCCAUUGAUUUGUCCUCACCAUGUCAUUGUACACAACGCAGUUAUCACACUGAUGCGAAUUCGCACGUCGCUCCGGCGUAUGUGCGUGACAGAGCUGUGAACGUCCAAUGUAAAGAACCUAAUAGUUACCUAUUCAUGUGCUUUGCUAUUAUUUAGACAACAAAUGUGUAUUUUCAGUUGAACAUCAAACUUUGAAGGUCGUUAGAAUCAGGUUUUUUAUUGAAUGCUACACUUGCAUUAAAUAUUCUAAUUAUUUUGUUUAAGUUUAAAUAAAUCAUUGUAUUUGCACAGGAUAAACCUUACUUAAACUUAAAUUCAGUGUAUUCUUUAUAUUAUUAUGUAAUGCUAAAGGUUUAGUUGAGAAGAGAAAUCAUGAUUGCAUAAAUCAUGAUUUCUCUUAUUGACAAUAAUAAUCAUUUUUAAUGAAUGUGUACAAAACUAUCUAUGUACUUGCAACUGCUGGACAACAAACGAAUUGCAAGGAUAAAGAGAACCCACUCUAGCGUCUUUUGAGCGUCGGUUUACAAUUGUACUGUUUGCUCGUGGUCAUUGGAUUUUAACUAUGAUGUGCAAGUGACAAAAACUAGUCGUCUCUUUUUUACUUAGGUAUUCUUUUAAUUACCUAUAUCUUUUGCGUAUGUCACGGCAGCUCAAACUCACAAUAUUGCUU